ACUCUUACAAUCGGAUCCGUUAGACCAAACGAUGAAGGGAGCUAUACCUGCUCACCAGAUAUUGAGACGGAAGUCAGACACUCUCGCACUUUCCAUCUUCGUGUUUUGCGAAAGGCGGUUCUUUCGGUGACUCCUACGGACACGAUUGUCUCCAGACUGGGCGUUUCUGUCAGGCUGAACUGUUCACUUGGACAAACCUUUCGUGGUUCACGAGAUAAGAUUAACAGAGAGAACAGUAGAGUUGGUGCUUAUGACAGCGGUGGACGUAGCAUCGCUAGCCUGAGCCGCUCCAUCGGCAGCAGAAAUGGGGGAGCUGAAGGUGACACAGUUCAUCAUAUCACCGGAAAAAUGUUUACUGAUACAGCAAACUGGAUACCGCUGUCUUACGAGCAGAACACUCAUUAUGGUAAAACAGUUGGUCCUGGAUGGUUCUUUAAUGGCCGACAACUCGAUCAAUUGGCUGAUCAGCGCGAUUUUAAUAUUCAAGGUACGUAUAAACUUAAAAUAAUUCAGAAGUUUGCAUGCCUUUCAGAGUUCACUGCUUUAUUGAAAAUCCAAUAG